GAGAACGUGGCAUCGAUGUGCGCGGAGGGGGGCGGCGCGGUGCCCUGUGGACUAUAUAUCAAACAAUCUCGCAGCCUUGAGGACCUCAGCGCCGCCGCACCGCACUCACUGACCAGCACCAUCAUGAAGUGGGCAACGACUCUCGCCGUGGCUACAGCCGCGGUGUGUCUCGCCUCAGUGCAGGCUGCAUGUCCUACUGGUUUUGUAGAGUUUACCAAUGAUGGGUCGCCAGUUUGUCUCAUUUUCGUGAAGUCUAAGGCCACGUGGAGUAACAUGAGGGACAUCUGCGAUGCAAUGUCAGCUUCCCUGGCCAAGCUGGACGGGGACCUGCAUAUGCAGGUGAUACAGUACAUCAACGACCAGCCAGCGGGUGACCUCGACACCGAUGCCUUCUGGCUCGGGGGUAGUGACGCCGCCAAGGAGGGCAGCUGGGUAUGGCUUGACGGUACAGAAAUACCCUUGGGCACCCCGCAUUGGUACCCCUGCAACGGCCAGCCCAACGGGGGCACCCAGCAGAACUACCUGGCCCUCUACACGCCGGACUACUACUUCCACAGCCUCGAGGAAUCACGGCAGAUUAUGGGCAUCUGUCGAAUCUAAAAGUCCAGCGACUUAUGUUAGUCCAUCAGGCAGAGGAAGAUGCAACCUCAAUGGGAAAGCAAAUAUUCGCUGUAAUAUCAUCCCAGAACACAAACAUCGAACGCACCUCAAAAAUUAUGUUACACACUUGUGAGAAUCUGGAAAGACAUGGACGUGUAUUUUUUUGUAAUGGAGACAUGAAAUACAUCGAAAUAAACAUGAGACAGUCCUAGAUAAUCAAC